CACAAUGGGUAGAGGGAAAGUAGAAUUGAAGAGAAUUGAUAACAAAAUAAAUAGACAAGUGACUUUUGCAAAGAGAAGAAAUGGACUCCUCAAGAAAGCUUAUGAACUUUCUGUUCUUUGUGAUGCUGAAAUUGCUCUUAUUAUUUUCUCUAGUCGUGGAAAACUUUAUGAAUUUUGCAGCAGCUCAAGUAUGU